AAAUAAUGAAGUUUCAACUGACAAGUGAAUAAUGAAACUCAUUUCUUCAAGAAAAAUCAGGUAGAACUGAAAAUAUCGUUCGUGCAGGUCAUCAUACUUACAAGAUGUUCAUCAGAGCGAAGCUGCUUACUACUCAUCAUAUGUGAUAGUUUCAAAUUGGAUAUAAAAUGCAAAUCACUUAAUAGAAAGCGCUUUCAGUCAGGGUGAGAGAAACUUGGUCUGUACUGUACAUAUUUAUGUGCCUACUCGUAACUAUGUGCGCAACUCGAUAUCGUUUAGUUCGAUUCUACUCCUACAUCGAAACAGAACUACUGCAUUCACAUGCACAUUAAUUCGUCCAAUCAAUGUUCUCAAUCUUGGCACACAAAAAUGAACAAUUUAUCGUUUGUUAAUCUACAUCUGUGUCCACCGAUGUGAAGUUAAGCUACUAAAAUCGAUUGAAUCACUCAAACAAGGUAGAUAAGCUAUAAAUUGAGGUUUUUGAUAAUAUCUGUAAUACUCUUUGACCGGGUGAUUAUCUUUAGCGUCUUUGAAAAAGGGCACCGAAUUAUUUUGUUUUCUUGACAAAAUGGAUCUUAAAAAAGCAGUAGUUAAAAAUGCUGAUAUGUCAGAAGAUAUGCAGCAAUUCGCUGUAGACAUUACGGCUCAGGCUAUGGAAGAACAUAAUAUUGAAAAAGAUGUUGCCACUUUUGUGAAAAAAGAAUUUGAUAAGAAAUAUGGACCUACAUGGCAUUGUAUUGUGGGAAGAAACUUUGGAAGCUACGUGACACAUGAAGUGAACCAUUUUAUUUAUUUCUACUUGCAAAAUGUUGCCAUUCUUCUCUUCAAGUCGGGUUAAUAUAAAUAGUAAACAAAAAACCUAAAUAAAUAACUUUUCUUGUAAUCAAUCUUUGCAAAAUAUAGAAAUAUGUUUGUUUCAAAAAUCAUUCUUUCUAACGCGAAGAAAAUUAUUCACAGAAAUUUGAAUAUGUU